ACAGAACAUAUCUAAACCACUACAGACCAAUGCUGCGAAGUACCGUGUGCUCUCGUCUGCCUGAAGGACUUCAAAAUUAGCUAAAAACUGACUCCCCACCAUCCGGCCGAUUCCUUGCCAUAGGCCCUCAAUCUGCACUUAACUGCAUUUCUCAAAGAAGGCCUUGCCCUGGUAGUUGCUGUCCACCUCGCUAUGGGUCAUGACACCGCAGUAGUAAACACCGCCAUUCGCGUUGGCGUACACAACGCGAAUCGGAGUCUUCUCCUGGCCACUAGUCUUGGUGUCCUUCUGCCAUUCCUUCUGCUUGGCACCCACCCAAAAGACGGGGUAUUCAAACAGAGGGUUCUUACCACUGUCGCAGUUGUCGGAGCCCCACUUGAUGCCAUCGCCGCUGUUGUAGCCGUGGGGGUCUCCACUUUUACCGGCUACGAAGCCGGCGCUUUUGGCCUGACUCUGCGCGUUGUUGACGUCAACUUUGAAAGACUUGGUGGGAGAGGUGUUCGUUUUGGGGUUGCAAGUGACGUACAUCACGGGCCUCAAGAGCUCUGGCUUCGAUACUGUCUUUGACGAUAGCAGUAGGAGUUGCAAAGGCGGGUGCUGCGACGAGCGCAAGGGCGAGGAAAGCUUUGGUGAAGUGCAUGUCGAAUGUCUCUGUAGUGGUGGUGUUGGAGAAUGAUAAGUGUUGGACUGCGAAAACAUCUGCUUUAUAUACCACGACAGAUGACGAGACGAGGUUGAGUUUGAACGAUUUGUUUCAACAUUGUUAGCUCAUGGAUUGAUAUUGAUGUUACAGUUGCAUAUCUCAUUAAGCGAGUAGAUCGUUAGAGUUACUAUACCGCGUUAGAGCGCUGGAAUGGAAACCAACGUCACAAUAGAGUACUCGUCCAUCUUCGAUGAUCCGCCGACACAAAGCACGUCGAACAUGGUAUAGCUAUACAAAUGCAUGCAUUGCUUGAUGAGGUGCAAGCGCUGCAGUGUCCGGGUGGCAACGCCGGAGAAUCUCGUGAUUGGCUUCGAGGUUGCUGGAAGUCAUUAUGAUAUGGUCAAUGUACAUCAGCAAGAAUGUCUUCUCGUCGUUGGAUCGAUGCAGUAGUAAAAGUUUUUCUUUUCCGAGUGCUGCUCAUUACCGCUACAUACGAAAAAUUAGACCACUUUGGCCGUAAUCAGUCCUUCGAAGUGGUAAGAUGUUGUACAUACCUCUUUAUCAAAACAGCGAUGAUGUCGGUGGAGAACCUCUGGUGUCAAUGGAGUAUGUACAUUCGCAGUGGAGUCUCACCAUGGGCAGAGCCCAGAAUGAUGGCAAUGCCGCAAGUGGCACUGGGGCUUACACCUUGCUGAAACGGUUUCAUGUCUGAUGUAGUCUCCGCUAGCACAGGAAAGUGAUUGUCUUUUGUUAAGGCUUUCAUCUGAUGGCCGCCCAAGCUCACGUGCAACUUGCCAUCAAUGUUCUGAGAAAGAGUGGAGAUCUUGAGACGCUCGCAAGUAUACAAGUCACCCGCAUCCUGCAUCCCAACGCCUACCGGCACACACAAAAUCCAAAUGGCUUUGCAAUACUCGGAUGAGCCCCUAGAUCUGCAGUUGUUCAGAGAAGACGAUGAUGAAGAAGACGUGUUCUACAAGAAAAAGCUUCACGCGUUGAUCAAUGGCGAUGUCACACCGUCCAAGGCCGCUACUGACUUUGACGCCUGGGUCGUUGACGAAGCCAAUGCGCGACUCAAAAAGCUCAUGAAGCGGCCUGACCCAAGGAAUUUGGCACCUGAGGAUGAAGAGCGGGGGAUCGUCAGUAUGCGCGCCAUCGCGCCCAAUCCCAGCGGCAACAUCGAGUUGGUCUUUCCGUCCAUCGCCAAGUUGUGUUCAGCCUUUCCGCCGUAUCAUCCCGGACAAGACAGGAUCCUCCACUUUCUGGAGGCGCUUAGAGCGAUGCCGGAGCACAAAGUCCCCGAAGGCGUUCCUGCAGAAGACCACGAUGACCAUGAUCAGAUGAUCACAUUGUGGCCGUUCGGGGGAAACUGGAUGGCCUUGGCUGAAGUGUUCCGCAGGGAAGCAUAUGAAUAUUCGUACCCCUAUUCUGACAUCGAGACUCCCGGGAGCGAAACUCAACUUCGCUGGCGCAACUGGCAAUCUGCCAUCGCGCGCAUUACCACGUCGGGUUUGAUAGACUGCAGCUUUCUCUGUGCCCUAGGCGACAUUAUUCCCUCCAGCAACAACUAUCCCGACCUGGAGAAGCGCAAAAUUGGCGGACCGAACAGAGUGGGCGGAGAUGUGAUUGCAGGUGCACAGUGGAUUAUAUGGCCAGACGAGGGUCGGUUUGUGUACGAGCAGUGCAAGAAGGUGGACAAGGUGGAUGGUCCUAGGACGAUGUGGAGUAUGGAGAGAUGGGGGUUGUGGAAGGACCAGUUGGCGUUUGUCGUUGGGGAUGAGAGAUUCAAUUCGGAAGCUCAGCUUGUAGCUAAGUUGGCGGGUCAGCGCAUGGUUGCGUUAGAGGAGGAAGACAAAGUCCAAAGUGCGACCUAAGGCUAGGUUCACAGGAUUUUCAAUGUGAAGUUCGAUGUUUGCAAUGUAUAGCAGCUCACCACUCUUUUCCCUAGCAUCUACUCUUAGAUAACUUAGACAUGCUCAUUCCUUGCCCGAUAGCUUUGAGAUUUUGUAACCACUGCAAGACAUUGUACUACCUACAUAUGCUAAUUAAACUUGAUGAUGAUGACUUCUCAUUGUUCUCAAAACAGUUCA